GGAGCAGGUAGCAGCAGCAGCUUGUAAAGGUGUCGAUUCAUCUCUGCUGCUCCUCAGAUCAGAUCAGAUGUUGGAGAGAGAGAGCCGGGGCUGAUCAGAUACUGAGAGAGAGAGAGGAGUGAGAAGUGCUGUCGACAUUUAGUCGAUUAGAUAUUUGAGUAUUGAGGGAGAAGGAGAUGUCUGAGAGAAUCGCGUCCUGUGGGAACCUGUGUGACUCCAGCUCUCUGCUGCUCCGGUACUACAACAACGAUGAUAACCUGUCUGCAGGCAGUGGGAUGGAGACGGAUGACCGCCUGUCUCACCUGGAGCAGAGGGUUCAGCUGCAGGAGGAUGAGAUCCAGCUGUUAAAAGCUGCUCUAGCAGAUGCGCUGCGUAGACUAGGCUGUUGUGAGGAGCUCACACAGGCCAGCAGCAAGAAGAGCGCCCCCACCAAAGUUCGUCAGAUUCUGCAGGUUCUUCCUUCCAAGCCUUUGACCAAUGGCUAUGUUCAGCAGAAAAGGUUGGGGGGCUACCCAUCAUCACCCUCCUCUCCGAAAAAGGAGGUGAUAAUGUCCAUUAAGAGAAAAAGUAUGUCCACAGAGCGUUUGUCCACAGCCAGGAAAGAGAUGGCAGACUCACGCAGCAGAACCAUCUCAUCCAGCAGCUCUACCAGUGGGAAAAGAGACAGCAAAACCAAAGAGUGUACCCUCAAUGCUGGUAAGUUUGUGCACAAGGAUGGGUAUGUGAGGAUGUUUCUGCGUGGACGCCCCGUUACCAUGCACAUUCCCGACCAACUGAGGGACGGCUACAACCUUGACAACAAGGUUGCGCUGCCUGAGCGCAAGCUUAAACUUCAGUGGGUGUAUGGCUACAGGGGCCGAGACUGCCGCUCAAACCUUUACCUGCUUCCCACGGGAGAGAUUGUCUACUUCAACGCUUCUGUGGUGGUGCUGUAUAAUGUGGAUGAACAGCAGCAGAGACACUAUCUGGGUCACAACGAUGACGUCAAAUGUUUGGCUGUCCAUCCAGACAUGGUCACCAUUGCGACAGGGCAAGUUGCUGGAACAUCCAAAGAUGGGAAGCUGUUGGCUCCACAUGUUCGUGUUUGGGACUCGGUGAGCCUGAACACCCUGCAUUCGAUCGGGAUGGGAGUGUUUGACCGUGCUGUCACAUGUGUGGCCUUCUCCAAGUCGAAUGGUGGCGCUCAUCUUUGUGCGGUCGAUGAUGCAAAUGACCACAUCCUGUCUGUCUGGGACUGGCAGAAAGAGAAGCAGCUUGCUGAUGUAAAGUGCUCUAAUGACUCUGUACUGGGCGCUGUCUUCCACCCCAUGGAAGCCAAUUUGGUUGUCACCUGUGGGAAAUCCCAUCUUAAUUUCUGGACUGUGGAGGGGAGCACUCUGACCAAGCGGCAGGGACUGUUUGAGAAACAUGAGAAACCCAAGUACGUGCUGUGUGUCGCCUUCGCUGAAAAUGGAGAUGCAAUAACAGGCGACUCCAGUGGAAACAUCUAUAUCUGGGCUAAAGGUGGUAACAAAAUCAGCCAGGUGGUGGCCGGAGCCCAUGAGGGCGGGAUCUUCUCUGUGUGUGUGCUGAAGGAUGGCCGACUGGUGUCUGGUGGAGGGAAAGACCGCAAGGUGGUGCUGUGGGACCAUGAAUACCACAAACAGAGUGAGAUGGAGGUUCCUGAGGCACACGGGCCUGUCCGCACUUUAGCUGAGGGAAAACAAGAGGAACUGUUUGUGGGCACAACCAGAAAUGCCGUCCUGCAAGGCUCGUUCUCUGGUACUCUCAAGCCCAUUGUUCAGGGUCACACAGAUGAGCUGUGGGGGUUGGACAUGCACCCCAGCGCUGACCAGUUUGUGACCUGUGGCCAAGACAAGCAGGUCCACCUGUGGGACACUGACUCCCACCAACCUCUGUGGAGCAAAACUAUUGAGGACCCUGGCCGUUCUGUUGGCUUCCACCCUAGUGGCACUGUGCUUGCUGUGGGCACCAUGACUGCAAGGUGGUUGGUGCUGGACACUGACACCAGGGACCUGAUUUCUAUGCAUACAGAUGGAAAUGAAAUCAUCUCAGUCAUCAAGUACUCUCCAGAUGGAGCAUACCUAGCUGUGGGUUCCCAUGACAACUUUGUUUACAUCUAUUCCGUGACUGAAAACGGGAGAAAAUACAGCCGUGUUGGCAAAUGCACUGGACAUUCCAGUUUCGUCACCCACCUGGACUGGUCCACCAACAGCCAGUACAUUGUCACCAACUCAGGAGACUAUGAGAUCUUAUACUGGGAGGCCUCCUCCGGGAAACAUGUUACCAGCGCAGAUGUUGUGCGCAACCUGGAAUGGGCCACUUCCACCUGUGUCCUGGGUUUCAAUGUCUUCGGCAUCUGGCCAGACGGUGCUGAUGGCACCGACAUCAAUGCUGUUUGCAGGUCAAAUGACCGUGGUGUGCUGGCCACAGGCGAUGAUUUCGGCAAAGUGCACUUGUUCUCUUACCCCUGUUCUCAGCCAAGGGCACCCAGUCAUGUAUAUGGUGGACACAGCAGCCAUGUGACCAACGUUGCCUUUCUCCAUGACAAUAGUCACCUCAUCUCUACUGGAGGGAAGGACACCAGCAUCCUUCAGUGGGCACUGGCCUGAAGUUAAUGCCUGAUCAAACCUGCUGCUUAUUUACUGUAGCCUCCUGCCCACUAGAGGGCAGCACUGGUGUGCCUACCCUGCAGCCAUACUGUCCUGUCUGUAGUCUACUGUACCAAUAUACUGUAUGUUAUAAAGCGAGUGACCUUAUGUGCUGGUCUGGGACCAGUCUUUUUAUUUUCUUUUUCUUCUUAACUUUCCGAUGUAUGAAAGUAUAAAGUGAGGAGACUGAUCCUAGAUCACUACUUACGAGCUGAUCCUUGCCUGAAAUGUAUUGUGCAUCAUGCUAAUGCGCCACUGAUGGAAACUGCGCUGAAAGCGAAGAGUCAUGUCCCCUAACUGUGUGCAGCCUAUUUAAACCUAUUUAAAGAGUUUUAACUGCUGUUCGUGUUGCGAAAGCCCAUAGAGGAAUAUACCCUUAUAUAUUAUGCAGUCACUGUGUGGACAUGUGAUUUGGGACUUAUGUGGUGGUAAUUUGGCACUUAGCUCUUCACCGAUAGCUAGGAUUGAACUUAAGCUGUGCUUUGCCUUCAUUUUGUUAAUAAACUUUCUACUGUACUCACACUA